CCCAUGCUGCAGGCAAACCCCUUCCAGCACCGGAUCUGCCAUGUGUUCUCCACCUCGGACGACGGGGACGACAGCAUGUCCUUUGAAGACUUCCUCGAUAUGCUGAGUGUCUUCAGCGACUCUGCUACCUCGGACAUCAAAUCCCACUAUGCCUUCCGCAUCUUUGACUUUGAUGACGAUGGGACUCUGGACAAAAAGGACCUGGAGAAGCUGGUGAACUGUCUGACGGGACAAGGCGAGGAGUCCCGGCUGAGCAGUGCCGAGAUGGAGCAGCUCAUCCAAAACAUCCUGGAAGAGUCUGACAUCGACAAGGAUGGCACCAUCAACCUCUCCGAGUUCCAGCACGUUGUCUCCCGCUCCCCGGACUUCGCCAGCUCCUUCAAGAUUGUCCUGUGA